GUGAACAAGGAAGUCGAUAUUUUACAGUAAGCCAGCGUAAGCUGCUUUUGUUUUGUUUUGUCUUUGUCUUUUCUGUACCAAAUUGAUGGUCGUUUUAAUCACUGUAGGUAUCAAAAUUAGUUAAUAUGUUGUAGUUUAUCUAAUUUGUCUCUGUUAAGUUUAUUUUUGUACGACAAUCGGCGACGUUUGGCGUUAGCCGUGAUCUAGCUUCAGACACCAACAGGAGAGCUAACAGGCCUGAAGGCCAUCUGUCCAUUGUGUUCCCGUCAGUCAGAUACAAAACAUGUUUUUAUCAAGGAGAUAGUUGCAAGGUUGCUCUUCGUUUAGAAACAUUAGAUAUCACAACGAACAAAGUGCCACGGCCGCCGUCAUCCGUGUAUUGCCCUGGUAACGUUAGCUGCGCUGGCUAACAGUUUUUAUUGUGGUUAGUCAGUCUGCCGAUCUCAACGUUACCAACGGAGCGUUUAGUGCAGUCACAUUACUGACGGUAAAGGGGGACACCAGCACUACAACAGACCAUACGGAGAGUGGAUGACCAUGUACGCCCCGCCGGGUUCUAACGUUCCUGGAGGCCGGAGGAGGAGAGGAGGAACCUCCCUGCCCAAGCAGCCGGAGAGGAGCCUGGUGUCGGCUCUGCCCGGAGCUCUGUCCAUCACAGCGCUGUGCACGGCUCUGGCGGAACCGGCCUGGCUCCGGGUUCAUGGAGGCACCUGUCCAAGACAAGAGCUGGGGGUGGCAGAUGUCUUGGGAUACAUUGACCCCAAGCUUCUGGACGAUUACUGUGUGAACCCGCAGACCAUCUUGCUGCUGAGGGUGAUCGCUGCAUUCUGUUUCCUGGGCAUCCUGUGCAGCCUGACUGCUUUCCUCUUGGAUGUGUUUGGUCCCAAACACCCUGCGCUAAAGAUCACCCGCAGAUAUGCAUUUGCACACAUUCUCACAGUGUUACAGUGUGCCACAGUGAUAGGCUUCUGCUACUGGGCCUCAGAGCUCAUCUUGUCACUACAGCAGCAACACAAAAAGUACCACGGCUCUCUCAUAUACGUCACCUUCGCCAUCAGCUUUUACCUGGUGGCGGGGGCAGGUGGAGCCUCUAUCCUUGCGACAGCUGCGAAUCUCCUGCGCCACUACCCCACCGAGGAGGAGGAGCAGGCUUUGGAGCUGCUCUCGGAGAUGGAGGACAGCAGUGAAACUUUUCCUGCUGAUUAUGACAUUGCCAAUCAGUUUCAGCCACCACCUGCAUACACGCCCUAAUACCGCCAGACUGGCCUUGCUAACACGCGCUUCUCUCUCAGCACAGCUAUUGGCUUGAUGAGUAAACCCCACUCUUUAUCAAAUGGAUAUCUUUUUCAAAUACUCUCCGUAAAGAACACAGUGUGUGUACGGAUAGUGCACAAACUCUUUGACUGACUGUGCUUGGGUGCAUGAAAGCUUUCUUUAGUGGUGGCAGAAAUUUAGGGAAUAAUUCUCUUUCACCACAGAAGUUCAUAAUUUGCAUGUAAAUGGCUUUUAGGAUUUGGUCCUUACAUGUAAAGAAAACUCAACCACAAGGAGUGCUCGGCUUGCCUCAUCACAAGUAAUUGAUGAAACAGCCUGAUCAAUGCCAUUUAUUGAGGCUGAGCUGUCGGCAGAUUGUCAGCGGUUGUAUUGCUCUUCGUUGGACAUGGAUGGAGCUUUGUUAAGCAUCGUUUUGAUUUAAUUUGUGAUAUGCUUGCCAUGUGUAUGAUUUUAUUUUACUGAUACAUCAAAAAAAUCAGAAAUACACUGAGAAGAUUGUUUUAGACUUUAUUUUAUAUAAAAUAUCAGAUGGACCUUAUUUAUUAUUUAGUCUGUGCUGUGUCUUAUUUCCUUUCUUUUGCUUUGUAGACAUCUGUCACUGUUUUAGUCUUAUUCAAUCACAUCUGUACUUGAAAUAACACAAGGAAAUUGUCAGAAAAAGUGAGAUGGGUCUUUGUGGUGAUUUUAAAAAGGAUCAUAGCAUGUGUUUAUAGCUAGCAGCCACGGAGAAAUGGAGAAACAUUUUCGUAUGUUUGACAAAAAGGGUGACAUUAAGUAACAGAAAUCUCACCAUGUAUGUUGGUCGUGUCAUGUUUCUUGUAUUUCAUUUCAAAAAGAAACAUUGUUUGUACUUUGUGAUUACCAUAUGUGACAGUUUCAUGUGUGUUUGCCAUGCAUGAUGUCUUUUGUGAGCAAAUUCUAAACCUCUUGGCAGAAUCUUAUGGGAACAACUCAUGUAAGGCGCCAGCUGAGGGUUAAAAUUGUGAUUGGCGUGCUGAUUCUAGAUGGUUGUAUAUUGUUCUGUUCAAAUCAUUUUCUGUGUUUUGUUCUUCAAACUGUUGCUAUACUUUCAUCACCAGUAUGUAAAUUUUGAUUGUUUAUACAUAAAAAGUGAACAUAAUAAAGUAAA